AUGCUUAAUAUAUUUGAUAAAGAUUUUGCCCCAUUAAGAAUAUCUUCACGAGAUGUUGAUCCUAGAGAUAUUAUUAAAGAUUCUAGAAUUAACCAUGAACAAAUGCUGAAGGCAAAGAAGAUUCCUUUGGUUGUGAGUAAAUAUCAAGAUAUCAUUAUAGAGAGGUCUAACAGUGAAAAAGUACAAUCUCUCAUUAACAAUAGUUCAAAUAUUGAUACAGAAAACAGUGGACAAAGUAAGCCAUACGAUACUAAAACCAAGGAUAAUCACUUAUCGACACUCAGUAUAGAAGAACAGUAUUUGUUAAAAAUGAUUCAAGAAGAAUUAAAAGCGAAAGUGUUUUUUUCUGGGAGUAUGUGGUGUAAUAAACAGAACCAAUUAAAUAUAAAGCUAUCAUCUCACCUCAUUCCUGUGGUUACCAAAAUUUAUAACUAUCUAACAGCAUUGAUUGAACUUAAUAAUCCCGCUCUGAUUAAUGGAAAUUACCUAUUGAAUCUUAUAAAACCAUGUAACACUACCAUACAUAUGGGAGAGAUUGGACUAUAUUAUUCUAUUCAAAAAUUAAAAGAAUUGUAUACAGAUUACUCCUUUAUCAUAAUAAAUAUAAAAGAUCGAUCAAGUAUUAUGCUUCAACAAAUACUAUACCAAGUUAUAUCUCAAAUUGACGAAAUUGAUCCAAAUCUUAUUGAGAAAAUUGAAAGCGGAACAAUUUAUUCGAAUUUUAUUAAAUUACUAAUUAAUCUUAUUGAAUAUUCAAACUUUAAAUUACAUAGAAAGUCAUUGUUGAUUUUUAUUGAUAAAUCAGGAUGUCUAAUAGAUAUUUUUAACAAUUGCUUGAAUGAUACCAAGUCUUGGAACCGAACAAUUAAAAUCGGAUACAUACGAUUAUCUAGCAAUGAAUCAGAUGGAUUAGUCAACAUUUUUUGUGAUAGUUAUCCAUCCAAUGAAGGCGAAUAUUUUCAAGAGGUGAUAUAUAAUUUAACAAUUAGACCCUGUAAUAAAAAUGAAUUUGUUGAUAUAUUUAAUACUACUAUUGUUGAAGAAAUAGGGAAACAAGAGGAUGGUCUAGCUAAUUUAUUAACUAAUACUAUAAGGUCUAAUUACAAGAAUAAUGCAAGCUCAUUAGAUUGUUACCAAAACAUUGUAAAAACAUUGAUUAUCUCUAGUAAAUUAUCCCAUUCAAACAUCUCAAGUACAAUAAAUUCCACCCCUGAUGUAUUAUAA